AUGUCGUGGAUAGUUGAACAAAGUGAAAAUACAUGUGCUGUUAAUGUUAAUGGUGAUACAAUAACAUGCCAAAGUAAUAGUGGAUAUGGUAGUCCAAUAAAUGUUAUGUUUAAAGAUCCAGCUGAUAAAAAUGGACAAUAUUUUUGGCAAAUUGAUAUUAAAGAUUUAGAUGAAAAAAGUUGUGGAAUUAUAUCAGUUGGUUUAACAACCGACCAAGGUUUUAAAGAUGGAUGGGGUUUAAAAGCAAUGAAAUAUUUAGGUAAUCUAUCGGAUGGUAGUGGUCUAUUAGUUCAAUCAUUUGGUAAUCAAAUAAAAAAAAAUGAUAAAGUUGAAAUAUUAUUACAAUUAAACGAGAAAGAUUUAAAAAUGUAUCUUUUUCAUAAUGAUCGUCCAUUAGGUUUAGCAUUUCAUAUUCAAUCACCAUAUCCAAAACCAUUAUAUCCUGUUGUUAGUUUUGAGGCAAAUGGUCAAGUUAAAAUUUCUCGAUCUCAGCAAAUUCCAUCAAGAUUAAAUCGUACAGGAUUACAAUAUAAUGGUGUUGAAGGUCAUUGGAAAAUUGUUGAUUAUCCUCAACAUCCUGAAUGUGAUGGUUGUCAACUUGAAAUCAAAGUACAAGAUGAUGAUAAUAAAAAUAUUUAUCAUAUUCAUGCACGUGUUGUUAAUAGUUUAAAUUGUGGAUUAGAAUAUAAUUCUUCAUCAAAUCAAUGGAAAUCGUCUCAUGUGAUGUCAACAAAGAUGCUUGGUCCACCAGAAGAAAUGAAAAGAGAAGAUGCUGUUAGUAGUUUAAUAUCUAGUAUACAAAAUUUGGAAGUUCAAGGUCAGGAACAAUUAAGUAUUCGAACAAAUAACGGUGAACAAAUUCGAUUAGAACGCUUUGAAAAAUCAGCACCAUCAGCAGUUACACAAAAUAUAUUUAAUUAA